AUGGAACAUCGAGCCAUGGUUAAUGUACCCCCUCGUAUAGGCUCUGCCCCACUCUCGCAGCCCCAACAGCCAUUUCAGCGCAUGUCAUUUCACAAUCAGAGAACUUUCCCCACUGCUCCCCCACGCCCGGGUGGUGAGAAACAACCACCGCCGCCAUCACAACAACAACAACAUCAUCAUCGACAACAGGCAUCGGCAUCACCACCGGCAGAAAAUACGGAGGGGUCAACACUCGCAGGGACGUCCGGUUCCUCCACCGCCGAUUACCCAGAGGACUGCAUUUACAAUAUAAAUGAAUUUGUGAAGCUUCAACAUACAAAAGAAUCCCCACCAAGUGGUGUUCUCGCCUUUGCGAGUGCACUAUGGAAAGAAAUGCCUGAAAAUAGAGACAGUAGGCCAGAGCACAUUCUCUCUCGGGAAGAACUAUUCCAGGGUGAAUCUGUGCCAUCUAGAGUGAUGAGUGAACGCCGACUGCAUAAUGAGGUCCUUGGUAUUCUUGGAAGGGUUAGUGAUGGCAACCUGGAGAAGAUGAAGAAAGAACUAACGGAUUUGCCCAUUCGACAAUCCACUGAUGAGGAGAUUCAACAGGUAAUUCAGGUAAUUUUUAAUAAAUCUAUUCAACCAGAGGACAGUAUUUUCGUCCCACACUACGUCAAGCUGGUUUCGCACCUUAUUAGUGACAUUGGUGAGAAUGAAGCCGCCGGUCGUCAUAUUCGAAAUGCCAUUAUUCGACAAUGCCAACAUACUUUUGAACACUCUGAAGAUGCGCAGGCACAACUUGAGCGGGAGAUUGUAAAUCUUCCAGAAGAAGAGGCGGAACAACGACGCCUUAACUUUGCAGGAAAGCAAAAGGCCAAUAUUAACUUUUUAGGUCUUCUUUUCACCCACGGUCUUGUCCGUGAGCGGGUAGUUCUGCACGUUCUUGAUUGGCUUCUCUAUGGAAGUAAACGCAAACGUCGUUUCCCUGCUGAUUAUGAGUUGAUUCACUUUAUGAACCUUCUUGUUACCUGUGGGAAAUACUUCUCAGCUGAAGGACAGGAACUUGUACCAAAAUUCCGUGAUGUCUUAGAAGAAUUAAUGCGUACACAUCCACAGCGUCGUAUGCAGUUUUUACUACUCAACACUGUGGAAACGAUAGACAAUGGAUGGGUUCCACGCUAUGGACCUAAUGCUGACAGGUCAUCACAAGAAAAUGAAACGGAACGUCGUCCUUUACCGCCAGUUCCCCCACGUAAUAAAGUAACACCAGUAACUCCAUCUAAUCCAAUUCCACCGCGUGAUUGUUUCUGGGCGGCGAUGGAUAAAUUUUUUGUUACAAGCAGUUCGGAAGAAAUUAUUUUGUUGUUGGCUGACAUUCCAGAAGAUACACGAAUUGCAUACUGUACUUCUGUUAUUCAUCGUUAUAUUACAACUGUGCGAUAUUCCAAACAACGGGCUCGUCUUGGUGAAUUAUUUGAAGAAUUGGCGAAUAAACGUGUCCUACCAGUUGAAGAUGUACGCAAUGCCCUUUUAAUUCACCUUCGUGAUGCCGUAAGGGAGGAAUUGUUUACAGACAUUCCAAAAUACUUUUCCAACUAUGCUGUUGUGAUAAAGGGAGGACGUGAUGUAUUUCCUCAAUCCCUUCACACCGAUUUUCUUAACAUUCUCGUCGACAGUGGAGUAAGUCGUGAGAAGAUAGUAAGUAUGGUGAGAGAUGUACACAAGGUGCAAAGUGAGGGUCCAACAACUAUUGAAACGGAUCCAAAGUGCCGUUUCCGUGUACUUCCCGCAUUAUUGCGGUAUACGCCUCCACUUUUUUCAGGAUAUGUAAUGGAUGAAUCAGAAGACAUAUUAAGGCAAGUAAGUGAAUAUGAUACCGAUGUGAGUUACUUCUGCAGACUUUGUGAAGAAGAAGUGGAUUCACGAGCCUUUUUUAUGUUAACCAAUGGAUUAGGAAAAACCCCUCAAUUGACGUAUUCUAUGAUAUCUGCCCUUUUCACCUUUGUCCGCUUUGAUGUGAAUACACUUUGCCGUGAGUAUAAGGAGACAUUAAAGAAGUUGAUGAACUUUAAACAAUUGCAUCUUCUGCUGGAAGAGGUGUAUGUGACUUGGUUAGCCCUUGACCGCACACCUGAAGACAGUUUCCCACUAUUUGUCGAGGCACUCCGUUCAUUAGGUGGGGCAAAGGAUCAAAUUGAUAAGUUUAAGGCCAAUCUCACGAAGAACUACGGUGCCACUGGGAAAAAGGAUGCACUCCUGUUGAACAAGGCUAAAUAA